CAGCGCUCCCGCGGCCAAGUCCAGUCCGCCGAGGAGCCCGCCGGAAGCACUCUCCACUUCCCUCCCGGCACUUCCGGCCCGUGCUCCGUCAGGCCCCGCCCGCCGGCGUGAGCGUCGGCGUCCUCGCGCACGAGCUGCGGCUGCGAAGCGCGGCUGUUUAUCUCACGCUGCUGCGGCCGCGUGCGUGGCAGGUUCCCGCACCGGGAUGCCCCCUCUGCCCACACCGGCUUCCAACGCCUGGUUGGCUCCUCCCCACGCCCCUACCGGGCCGAGCCCGCGUCCCGCUUUGCUGUGGACUCCGCGCGUGCGCGGCCCUUUCUCCCUGCCGCCGAUGCCUCCCGAGCCCGCCGCUGUGCGGCCUGCCUGCCCCUCCGGCUCCAGGAGACGCCCUCUGCCGUCACCUCGCUUGGCGUCCAGAUGUAAAGACUGUCUCUUUCCAGCGUUUUCCUGCUGUUACCACGGCGCGGUGACUUCUGAGCUUGCUGUAUGCCAGGCCCCCGAAGGUUGGCAUAAAAGAGAAGAGAACAUUCUGGCUGGUUUCAAGAGGAAUCACAGUGAGUUCAAGCUCAAAGGAUGAAUGCCCAGAAGUACCAAAGUUCCUGCCAGAUAAUGAGUCGACUCAGCUGCUGAAGUGUAAAAAACAUUUACAGCGUUGUGGUAAUAUCCAGACAUGUUUUUAAAGUUUAUUUUAAUUUUAGUGUCUUGUCUGGUGUUUUCAUUUGGUUUUUUUUUUGUUGUUUUUUUUUUGUCUUUUUCGUUUUUAUCGGUACCAGGGAUCGAACUCACGACUGCCUGCUUGCAAGGCAGGCGCUUAUGCCGCUGAGCUAAAUCCCCAGCCCCUUCAUUUGUUUUGAGACAGGUCUUCCUGUGUAACCCAGGCUGGUUUUAAACUCUUGGGUUCAAAUGAUACUCCCGCCUUGGUUUCCCAGGUAGCUGGGACUAUAGGUGUAUUACACAUCUGGCUUGAAGUGUAACUUUUACUUAUUUUAUUUUGGGGGAGUAACACUGAAUGAACUCACAACCUGGCGCUUGCCAAGCAGCCACUUGUGUGGCUGACAUAUAUCCUGGGUCCCUAAAAUCUGCUUUUUAAAUGAUGAUGAAGUGCUAGAAGGAGAUUGUGAGUAGUCUUUGUAAGUCUAGUUGAGAGGUUUGUAUAGUGUCCUUGAAGCAAUAAGUAGCCAAGUUUGAAAAAUAAUCUACCUAGUGACUAAACAGGAAACCCAUAAUAGGUUACAAGACACGGUCCUAACACAAGGCAAGAAAAGUGUGACUGCAGGGUCUGAAGCUAAAGAUGAUUAGCCUUGUCACUAGGUCAUUUUGCAAUGGGCUUAGAAAUAAUAGGGAAGUUAUUUUUAAAAGUUGGUUCAAAAUGAGACGACAGUUAAUAGCUGAGGUAGAGAAAAAUUAAUACAAUAAAAACUACCUUUAAAGUGAUUAAGGGGCUGGGGAUUUAGCUCAGUGGCAUAAACACCUGUCUUGCAAGCAGGCAGUUGUGAGUUCGAUCCCUGGUACCAAUAAAAAAGUUUAAAGUGAUGAUUAAGAAGUCACUAUUCCCCUCAAAAUUUGAAGUUUAGGGAGAGAAGAACAAAUAUCCCCCAACCUUCCAUCUGAUUUAGAGGAACUGUAAUGUUUGAUUGACCACAGGCCUAAAGCCAAGCAACUACUUAGAGGACAAAAGCAUGCAACAUAGUAAUUAUUGGAGAUUUCUUACUGUCUUACCACUAUUUUGAUUUAUUUUAUUGCUGUUUUAUUCCCUUUAAAAUUUAAUAAAACUACAAGAUGAAAAAAUCAAGUUUAGUUCAUCAGCCAGCAUCAAGCUAAAUGUCAUCAUACUGAGAGAUGAUGGCUAGUGCUCGCUUGGUCAGCACAGAUACUAAAGAUCAGAUGACAAGUGUGCACAGAGCAAAUACAGAGCUGAAGAAGAACUUGUGCUGGGAGACCCUGGCCUUGGAUGCCCCUGAGGUGCCCUUGCUUUUCUCUGACGGUCUGAAUGUGACGGUGGGAAUCUCUGACCAUGACCUGAGAGGAACAGCAGAGUGCUGAGGAGCCCCCAAGUUUCCACAGCCUCCCCUGGGUGAGGCUUGUCAGGAGAGGCUUGAAUGCUGGUCAAGCCAGGGGCCUGAGGUUAAUGAAGUCACCGACAGGAGAAGAUAAAUUGCCUCUGAUCAAUGAUCCCGUCGCUUUUCCAAAUCCUGAUGCUUCAGCAAGAAGGGGACAUGCCCAAUAUGAGGAGGUGGAGAAUAAAACCCCAGCACAAUGUCCCACUUGAGAGUCUCUAGUCCAGCUAAAGACAGCAGUGUGCAGCAGUGUGCGCUGGCAGAAUUAUAUGCUUUGGUUGAAAAUUUUAAUGAGGACAGUAAGAAAUCAAGUCUCCUAAAAACAUGCAGCAUUUCCCUCCCAGAAGCACAGGCACUACUUGCUAAAAGCCUGAACACCAUGGCAUUCAUCAGCAGAACUGGCUCCAGAAGGGAAGACACACAGCCAAUGUUUUCAACCACAGUGAUUAAGAAGGAGCGCAGGAAGCCCCCGCCCAUGGCUGAGCGCCUGCACCACAGCCUGCUACAGGGCUUGUUCUCCCUGGCAGGGCCCCCCAGGGCCCGCAAGAGGCUGAUGGAGGGUGGGAUAAACCCUCCUGCAGACCCUUUUCCUUACAACUUUAUCCAGGAGGGCUUGGGUGCUCUGGCACAGGGUACAGCUGAGAAGACCCAGAGCCUCCAGGUAUUAGAAAGACCCCGCCUAUUCAGGCUGGUCUUUGAAGACAAACUUUCCAGAUACUUCUUAGUGGACCCAGAAAAACAAUUCAUGGAUCUAAGGGACCUGGAGUGGAGAUAUUUUAAGGGGCUUGCAAAAUGGAAGCACACAACCAUGGUUUCAAUCGUGGAGAUAAAAUACAACAGCGAGAAGAGAUUUGUAGAGAGCCCGGAUAUGCCUGGUCGUCUCUCCCCACCUCUAGUGCAUAGGUCUAUGUUCAUUUAUCCUCAGAAGGAAGGAAAUUAUGAUCUUAAAUGGAAUAUUUAGUUUAUUGAAAGUCCUUGGAUGUGAAUUUUUACUACUGAGAGCAUUGAAGUGAAGAAGAGGCAUGCAAUGUAACAUCUGAACAGUAUUCAUGUAAAGCUGCCUAAUAAAGUAUCAGUGUAGAGUAGAAGACUCAGAGUGAUCUGCUAGUGUAAUGUUUGGUUUGACUCCUGUAGCCCAUGUAGGGCAGGGCUGAAGUAGAUAUUGAUCCUAUGAAAAUAAAAUGAUGCACCUGGAGAACUCCCAAGCAAGAAUAGCUUUUACAUGGCCUGCACAAAGCCCUAGGUCAAUCCACAGACCCCUCCUCCCUACAGAAAUAUAAGCACAUAAGGAAGCCCAUCACCAUAAAAGCAGCCAAUAAAUUCAACAGAGUCUGAGAACUUCAGUGUUAACUGCUCAAGGCAUUAAGAAAGGAAGUAGCAUACAUGAAACAAGGACUGAAAAAGGAACACAUUGAAAAUCUCAAGUGAAAACAAAGCCACUACAGUAACAAUAAUCCUCAAUAAAGUAUCCCAUUAUUAUUAUUUUUGCUACCAGGGAUUAAACUCAACUUCGCACUGGCCAGGUAGGCACUUACGCCACUGAGCUAAAUCCCUGGACCAAGGCCUCUCACUUUCAUCCAGUUAUCUGUAAUUGGUAGUGUUGCUGGCCCCAGAAUUUGAACAGUGCAGGUACUCAUAAAAAAGGUAAAAAUACUCUUCCUGAGCCUGGUACUUUUUCUGCUGCUAAACUGAAACAUGCUGAGCUGAGCAUUUUUUGUAACUGUCAUUUAAAACUUUGUCUUUACAUUUUUUUUUCUUUUCUAUUUUUUAUCAGUACCAGGGAUUGAACUCACGACCACCUGCUUGCAAGGCAGGUGCUUAUGCCGCUGAGCUAAAUCCCCAGCCCCUAAACUUUUGUCUUUAAAUCAUGAAUACUAAACAAGUUUUGGGAGCUUGCAUUAACCACCAUGCAUUAACAUUAACUAAAAGUAAGACUUUCAAAUCAAAGUAAUCUUACUAGACAAUCAACCAAAAUGAAAUGUGAAUAUCAAUAUCUAUACCAAAUAAACCUUGCGGUUGGAUCUAGAA